GUAAUUUCCUAACCGCACAAUAAAAUUCAAAGACUGAAUAAAUGUGCGAUUGGUUGAUAGCGUGACGUCACUACGCAUGGCCAGCGAAUGACCUUCCCUAUCAGAAAAUCAUCUCAAAGUCAGACCGAAAAUGUUGCCUAGUUGCGUAAGAUCCGUAUGUAAGAAAGCAAUCCCCAAUAAAAAAGCAUUGGGAAUCUUGACUAAAAACAACUAUGCCACCGAAGCAACCUUUGAAACUAAACCAUACCGCCUCCACAAACUAGAAGAAUCACCCUCAACGACAGUCACAUUGACUAAAGAAGAUGCCCUUAAAUACUACGAACAACUGCACACCAUCAGGAGGAUGGAGACUUCAGCAGGCAACUUGUACAAGGAGAAAAUCAUCAGAGGCUUUUGCCAUCUUUAUUCUGGACAGGAAGCUGUUGCUGUAGGCAUCAAAGCCGCCUUGAGGCCACACGAUGCCGUGAUAACGGCUUACAGAGCCCACGGCUGGACCUACUUGAUGGGUGUCACGCCAGAGGGCGUCCUGUGCGAACUCACCGGCAGGCAGCACGGUUGCUCCAGAGGCAAGGGAGGUUCGAUGCACAUGUACUGCAACAACUUUUACGGCGGUAAUGGAAUUGUCGGCGCGCAGAUACCCCUGGGAGCCGGUAUCGCCCUUGCAGCCAAAUACAAAGGUACUGACGGGGUGUGCGUGUCGCUAUACGGUGACGGCGCAUCCAAUCAGGGUCAAGCCUUCGAAGCCUACAACAUUGCCAAGUUGCUGGACAUUCCCGCCAUCUUCGUGUGCGAAAACAACGGUUACGGCAUGGGUACCAGUGCUGAACGUUCCUCGGCCAACACCGCUUUCUACACCCGCGGGGAUUACGUUCCCGGCAUCUGGGUCGACGGUAUGGACGUUUUGGCCGUCAGGGAGGCUGCUCGGUACGCCGUGAACCACUGCUCAACCGGGAAGGGCCCGAUUUUGUUGGAGUGCGCCACCUACAGGUAUUCCGGCCACUCCAUGUCGGAUCCAGGCACGAGUUACCGCACCAGAGACGAAAUUCAGGAGGUUAGACAGACUAGGGACCCCAUUACGUCGUUCAAAGAAAAAAUUACAUCGACAAAUUUGGUCGCCAACGACGAGAUAAAGAAGAUUGAAAGUGAAAUUAGGCAGAUAGUUGAUGAGGCCACAAAGAAGGCCAAAUCCGAUAAGGAAAUCGGUUUGGACGAAUUAACCGCCGAUAUAUGCUCGGAAUUUUUGGAAGGUUCAGUAAGAAACAUCGAUGUCUUUUCCCCACUGCCGCACAAGAACAUUGGCCCUGCCGUCAACAAGUAAUUUUGUCAAUAAAAACACUGCAUUUUGCUGGCUGUAACAUAAGAUAAUACGAAGUGUAUAAAAUUUUAUCAUAUUUAUUAUUAUAAUUUACAAGUUACCACACAA